GUAAUGGAUGGUAUUGCAAUGGACGUAAAUUCCCGCCUAAUAUUCUAUACUGACACUGGAUAUGACGAAAUCGGAGUUAUAAACGCAGACACUUUCGUAAAAACGAUUGUGAUCGAUACCAAUAUGGAUGAGCCAAGAGCCAUUGUGUUGGAUACACAAACAAGGGAAAUGUUCUGGACAGACUGGGGAGCCAAUGCCACGAUUGAAAAAUCGAAUUACGACGGUUCCAACAGGACAACAAUUGUCAGUACCGGGCUGGGCUGGCCAAACGCUAUGGUACUCGAUGGUGAUCUGUUGAUAUGGUGUGAUGCUAUGAAAGACGUCUACGAACGAGUGCAUCGUAACGGCACGGGAAGGACUUUAUUAGCAACACUGUCUGGCAGCCAUUGCUUUGAUUUCACUAUCUAUGAAGACGAUUUGUAUGUUAACGAUUGGGCAUAUUCAUAUGUAGUUAAAGUUAGAACAGACGGCACUCAGGCUUCGUUCUAUGGGCCAUCGGUAUCUCAACGAUUCGGAAUAUUUCAUUACAUAAAAGGUAAAUAAUAUCAAUGGAUUCAUAAUCACAAAAUCUACAAUUACCAUCAAAAUAUAAUCAACUGUUGUUAAUUCCUAGUCCAUUUACAAAUGGAUUUAUAAAAUGCAAAUAACUUUUCGGUAGAGUUUAUUAUUGUUCCCCCUUUUUCAUUGGUUUUCUUUAUGAAUAAUGAAUCAAUAAAUGUUACUAUCAAUAAAACAAACUUUAUUAUAAGUUUAUUUCAAUACUCCAAGUGUCCAGUUUCUUACAAACUACUGCGCUCAUCCGAUACUUGUUCUUAUGACUGUAUUUGUAUGCAUUGUUCUGAUUCUUUAAUUUAAUUAUUACUUACAAUUUUACUGUAUCUGCGUUUGAAGCAUGUUAGAGAUAUUCUGUUACUAUAAUCAUGAUGAUAUAAUUGCCAAGUAUGAUAACAUUUCUACGAGUUAUGACAUUUCACUGAAUACACGCGAAAUACAUAGAAUAUUGCGAAUCAUACAUUGUAGAUUAAUCUAAAUAUUGAAUGUACUAUGACGCUUCUAUCAAUUGAUUAUGUAAACAUGCUUUGUUUUGAACGGUACUAUAUUUACUGCGCACAUAUAUGCAAUAUUACACUUUGCUUUGCAUGCAAUGUUUUGUUAUGGCAUUUGUCAUCACCUUGCCUUAUAUAAGUCCGAACAACAUAGUUAAAAGGUAUAUUAUUUUCAUAUAUCACUGAUGAAAUACCUAGCAUUAUCAAGGUUGGUUUUCUUUCAGCGCUUAUGUAAUUGGACGUGGGAUUCAUUUUCAGUUGUAUCGUUGUUAUCGUCACAAAGGUGUAUAUUUUCAAAACAAUGAAUGUUUUUUGUGUGUAUUGGUAUUUUUUAUCGUUAAAUUUGAAUUGAUGUGUAUUGGAUACCAGUACUCUUGCAAACAAUGUAUAUUAUAUGUAUAUUCUACCACAAACAACCAAUGAUAUUUUCCUAAAACUUGAAACAAACAUUGUGCAUGACGGUAACCGACGGAAAGCCGUGAGCAGAUUUCUGGAACUACAGUACAAAGGGGUGAACUAUGAGACCACAAAAAAAACACCUAAGGUACAAUUCAAUGAUUUGGCAAUCAGGAUGCGGAAAAUGUAAAUGGCUUCAUGAAAUCCUUGUGUGUAAUCUCGACCAAGACCUGGCUACAGAAAUGACACAAGAGGGGAGUUUCAACCAUAGACGAAUCAACCCACGCCAGAGAAAUGUUACAAGUCUCGGUUCUGGACUUAAUUCCAAAAUCUUGGGAAGUAUGUCUUUAUCAAAAUAGGUAAAUACAUCGGAUUCAAACAAGAUAAGAUGAAGACUCAAUACAACGACUAUCGUACAGGAAUGAAAGAUACAUGGACAGAUCGUAUCCAACAUUUACAGAAAGGAUGUCAUCAAACUGACCGAAAAGAUCAAUACAAAAUUAAAUACCAGCAAACCCAACCAAUUUUCUUUCAGUCAAUGAAACUGAAUAUAAGUGUUUGUAAAGUAGCCAAAGCCGGAAGUACAUUUUGGGCGAUAGUGUUUUUAAUAGUAGAAAAGGGUUUACCGGCUUAUGAAGCCUUUAGCAUUCCAAGGCAUAGGAUUCACGGAAUAAGCAGCAGUCUUAGUAAAUCAUUACAUUCCAGCCAUGAGCAACUGAGGACAAAGGGGGUUGUUGUUUCUCGUGACCCCUAUUCAAGAUUAUUUUCAGCGUUCGUAGACAAAUAUCACUUAUUAAGAUUCGUACAAGCUGCUAGAUCACUUGCGCAAUCAUUAGGAAAAGGAUAUUUUAUAACUGAAGCCGGGAAAUGUGGAUACAAAGUUUCCUUUCAAGAUUUUGUUGACAGUGUAACUACAAAAGCUCUACAGGGAAGCAAAAUCAACCGCCAUUGGAGUCCCGUUUACACUAUGUGUAGGGUCUGUGAUGUUGAAUACCAGUAUGCUAUACAACAGGAGACAUUGACUCGAGAUACUGAAUACAUCAUUAAACAGCUGAACAUCAGUAACGAAAUAAAAACAACACUGACACAGAUGUUCCAUGGACCUGGUCCGAAUAAGACAAUGGAAGGGGUCAUACAAACAAUGUGGAGUGCCAUUGACAGCCCCGCGAUGCGAGCAUGUUGUAGCAACAAACUCGCCUACUUCAUGAAAAUGUGGGAGGGUUUCAAAAUGCAGGGCUACAUUAGAACAAACGUAUCGUUUCCAUUUUCAUCAUUUCAGAAGAAUAACAGUGUUAACGUUGAAGGAAUCACAAAGGCUGUUUUAGCAGCAAUGAAUACCAACCCUUUAUCAAGUACAGAAAGAAAGGCUCAACGGAGACAAGCUUUAGUACAGGCCUAUGCAGGCAUGCCUAGACGUAUCAUAGCUCAAAUCCAGGAAAUGUACAGAAUGGAUUUUCAUCUCUUUGGUUAUGAUGCUAAUCCGCCUACUUAAAUGGUUUUCAGAUUUUAGUACGGAUUGAGAUUAAAAAAUCGUGCAAUUACGUUUCCGAAAACCGGUGUUAUCUUGGCCUUUUCGAAAUAAGGUGUUACAUUGGCGUUUUUGUAAACUGGUGUUACACUGGCGUGUUUCAAAAUAGGUGUUUUAUAGGCGUUUUUCUUCUUGAAAACUUGUGUUACACAAAUACCACUAAUAUUUUACUUGUAUGACUGAAUAUCUCAAACUCUUGCUGCAAUUUUAGUGAAAAUGGGAAACAUCAAAUAUCGUUUGAUACAUAACUAAACAGUAAUGUAUUGUUGUUUACAUAGCGUAUAUAGCGAGAACGUAAUCAUGUCUACGUCACAUGAAUACGAAUAAAUUUAAUUUGUUUUAAAAGCAACCUUCUAACGGCCUUCUAACGGCUAUCAUUGAUAAAAAAUUUUUUUUCAUAUGCAUACUUUGGGAUUAUGCCAUCAUGAUAUGACACGAAAUUAAGGUCAGCUUAGUGUCCAUUCGGAGAUAUGAGGGGGUAAAAUCGCCUCUUUUUGACAAAACGUUUUGAAAAUUUCUACACCAGAAGGCCCAAACUACAACCCAUCCCUUCAAAUACACAUGCUACUAGAUAAACUAUAUAAACUAGAUACGGAAAAGUAUACCAUAUACUGAACUGAAAAAUCACAUUGUCUAACAUGCAUAUUUAAACUUGAUACAGAUACAUAUGAUUGUUAUAUAACACCAUGAUAUAAGGUCAUUUCAGUCCAAUCUGAUCGUAUGUAAAAUGUCUACAGUAUACGGAUAUAAUUUUCUAUUUAUAACACUCAAAAUGUCCCACAUAUAUAUGUCACCUUUGAUACUGAUUAUAAUGGUUUGUCCAUGAAGUAAAUCGUUAAAUCGUUGAUAUGUGUGAUUUAUGGUCACAAUACAACUCUGACAAUAAUGCAAAGACGUAUGCGAGUGUGUGUCUGUGCAUAACAUCAGCGUACAGAUUGAUAAUUCUCAGAUCACAUUGAAAGAUUCAAGUUUGUGAUAAAAGCUUUAUUACAGACUCUUUAUCAAUUGUGACAUCAAAAUAAAUAAAAAUUCUCACCUUAAAGCGUAGGUGUCCGAGUGUAAUCAGCAUAUUAUUAAAACGGUAUGGGAUUAAUGAAUAUAUGGAUAUAAUCUGAGUAACUCGUCAAUUGAGGAAGGACAUAUAGCUAUUUGAAGCAAGUAUAAAAUAUAAAAAGUACAACAGAAAACCAUAUAUAGCACACAAAAAAACUCUAACCGAAAUAAUACCAGGAACCAAAAAAGUAACGUAGAAAUAGCAAACAUCUACAAAAUGGAAUACAGGGUUGUGUAAAGUUACAUAGCUUAAUAAUUAGUUUCAGCAGCCCUUUCUGUCUGUCUAAACACCCAAAGGGUCAUAUGGAAUGAUCUCUUACCAGUUUCAACCAUAUCUUAUUCCUACUGACUUAUUUACAGUUAACCGAUUACUUUAUUGUGCUUUGUCGUCCGACAUGUGGUGAGGAUUAGAACCGCUCAGAAAGGAGUAGGGCGACGAUGACACAUGUACUGGUUAUAAAUGUGCUGCAUACAGGCGACAGCUGUCGGUUCCGCAUUGUGUUAAUAAUUCAUAUUUAUUGAUGAUAAUCACAUUCGUCAUUUAAUGAUACCAUAGAAAGUUACUUUUUUAGAAUCUGAUUUAUAUAUGAUUUCUAAGAAGGUUUAUGUUAUUACUGUACCAAAAAAACCUGUAAAAUUGUCAUUGUGUGUGUGUGUAUAUCCCAUACCAAACACUUUGCUUUGAUUCAAUAAUGUUACAAACGAAAAUGUCGAAAUACUUUUGGAAAUAUUUUCCCCGAUGCAUUUAAAUCAUUUUGGACCGUGGCUGUACUACAUUGUAAACAAUAAAUAGAGGGGCACAG